CUGCAUUCAAUUUGGAUAAACCACGACACCGUCAUGAAGCUGACACUUGCUUUCGUUGUUAUCGGGGUUGUGUUGACCGGGAUCCUCUGCGCUGAGUCAAGGCCUGCAGUCUCCGAUGAGGCGCUGGAAACGGCCCUCAAGGACAGGAGGUACCUCACCAGGCAGCUCAAGUGCGCCCUGGGGGAGGGGCCCUGCGAUCCAGUGGGGAGGAGGCUGAAGACUUACGCCCCAUUGGUCCUACGUGGAACUUGCCCGAAAUGCAGCCCACAAGAAGUUCGACAGAUCCAGCAGGUCCUUUCGCACAUCCAGCGGAACUAUCCCAAGGAGUGGAGCAAGAUGUUGAAGCAAUACGCCGGCCAAUAGGAUUGCAGAUCCUUUUUCAUUUUAUAAACUUGGUUCCGUUCUGGGAACUAUAUUAAAUUUGACAUAUGUUUGUCUUUGUAAGUAUAUUUGUAUUUUCGCCACCCUUAGCAAUCGUCAUUUUUCAAAAUCAGUUACCUUCUUAUUGUUACCACUUCAGUGAGAAGACGAAACAUUUUUUAUGGAUUAAUACCUUUUUAUAUAAUUAUAGUUGGUACUCUGAUAAAAUAAAGGUACCUGGAAAAUGUUCUUUCUUUACCCACAAGGAAGAAAAUAGUUUAUAUUUUUUAGUCACUUGAAAUAAGUAUAGAUAUGCCAUAGUAAUAUCAAAAAACUAUAAGUUGGACAAAUCCCUCUAGUGAAUAUGAUUUCAAUGUUAGAUUAGUAAGUUGUACAGUGAAAAUUCGAAGUAAUUAUUUCUAUUUCUUUAAUUUAUUACUACUAUCAAAUCCUUUGUUAUCACAAUCAUUAUUGCAUUUUUUUUUUAUCUAAAGCUAAUCUAUCCCUUUACUGUUCUAAUAAUAUAAAAUCGUUACAACAGUAAAAGUAUUAUCCUUACCUGAAAAAAAAAUGUAAAAGAAAGAUCAAAGGGAGAGUUGAAAAAUAAUUAUAUUAUUGUCCGAUGGGAUGGAUUACAGACUACCAGCUAAAUUAGGAGUAAAACUAAUUAUUUUUCCCUUUUAGUGAUGUAAAAAAAAAUUUUAAUUUAAUUUUUAUUAACAAAUAAAUAAUUUUAAUAAAUUAUAUUGUAUAAAGAUAAUCAUUUAAAUAUUUCAGCGUAAAAGUAUGUUAAAAAAAUUGUGUUAAUCAAUUUAUGUUAGUACUUUUUUAUUUCUUAAAACUAAUGAGGAAAAUCAUUAUUGUUAAAAACACAUUAAAAUAUGUAUUACAUAAUUUUCACGUUCACCAUUAUCCCAUGACUUUACUAUUGUAUUUCUGUCUGUAUAUGUAAGUUAUUAAAUCAUGAGAAAUAAAUGUAUUUGUUACAAUUAAGUUUUCUUUUUCAAAUUUUUCAAAUACUCCCAUUCCUUUCUCUCGGCAGCAAACAACCAUUUGCAAUUGCGGUACAAACACAGAUUUUUUUUUAGAUCUAGUAUCUGCACAUAAAAGGAAUUCCUCAUAUCUAUCACAUAACAAACAAACUAAGACGAAUUUGGCAAUUUUCAGUACAAAAAAAUAUAUUCUGAAGUGACAACAGACAGGUAUGUUUCGUUGGUAAGAGACAAUAGAACUUGCUACACAUUCAAAAUCCUUCAGAAAUAAUCCUUAUUUUUUUUUUACAUAUAAAAUAGAUGUAAAAUAAUCCUUCAAAGUAACUAAAUGAAAGCCGAAGCCAGGAAAACUUUCGAGCUUAGGGAUAAAUAAGUAUUUUAAUUAUGAAGAUAGAUGCAUUUAGAAAAAUAAUAUAAAUGAACAUGAAAAAAAUAAUGUAAUUUCUC